CUCCUCCUCUCCCGGCGCCGCCGCCGCCGCCCGCCGCGCGGGGUCCUAAAGCCGCGCGCCUCAAGAGGAUGGUGCGACUGGCGGCGGAGCUGUUGCUGCUGCUGGGGCUGCUGCUGCUCACUCUACACAUCACGGUUCUGCGCGGUUCAGGAGCAUCCGACGGGCCCGAYGCCGCCUCGGGCAACGCCAGCCGGGCCCAACUGCAGAAUAACCUCAACCUGGAAAGUGACUCCACAUCAGAAACCAACUUUGCUCUCUCCAAAGAAGCACCAGGGGACCCUCUGGAGCACCAGGCUCCACAUCAGCCCUUUCCCAGACAGCGAUUCUCACAAGGGACUGGGCACCCUUCACUGCAAAGAGAUGGCCCCAGAUCCUUUCUCCUUGAUCUACCAAACUUUCCGGAUCUUUCCAAAGCUGAUAUCAAUGGGCAGAAUCCAAAUAUCCAGGUCACCAUAGAGGUGGUCGACGGUCCUGACUCUGAAGCAGAUAAAGAUCAACAUCCGGAGAAUAAGCCCAGCUGGUCAGUCCCGUCCCCCGACUGGCAGGCCUGGUGGCAGAGGUCCUUGUCCUUGGCGAGGGCAAACAGCGGGGACCAGGACUACAAGUAUGACAGUACCUCAGACGACAGCAACUUCCUCAACCCCCCCAGAGGGUGGGACCGUCCGGCCCCAGGCCACCGGACACUUGAAACCAAAGAGCAGCCAGAAUAUGAUUCCACAGACGGUGAGGGUGACUGGAGUCUUUGGUCUGUCUGCAGCGUCACCUGUGGGAAUGGCAACCAGAAACGAACCCGGUCUUGUGGCUACGCGUGCACUGCGACMGAGUCUAGAACCUGUGACCGUCCAAACUGCCCGGGAAUUGAAGACACUUUCAGGACAGCUGCCACCGAAGUGAGUCUGCUUGCGGGAAGUGAGGAUUUUAAUGCCACCAAGCUGUUUGAAGUUGACACAGAUAGCUGUGAGCGAUGGAUGAGCUGCAAAAGCGAAUUUUUAAAGAAGUACAUGCACAAGGUGAUCAAUGACCUGCCCAGCUGCCCCUGCUUCUAUCCCACCGAGGUGGCUUACAGUACGGCUGACAUCUUCGAUCGCAUCAAGCGCAAGGACUUCCGUUGGAAAGAUGCCAGUGGGCCCAAGGAGAAGCUGGAGAUCUACAAACCCACAGCCCGGUACUGCAUCCGCUCCAUGCUGUCCCUGGAGAGCACCACGCUGGCCGCCCAGCACUGUUGCUAUGGCGACAACAUGCAACUCAUCACCAGGGGCAAAGGGGCKGGGACACCCAACCUCAUCAGCACCGAGUUCUCAGCUGAGCUCCACUACAAAGUGGACAUCCUACCCUGGAUUAUUUGCAAGGGCGACUGGAGCAGGUAUAAUGAGGCUCGGCCUCCCAACAAUGGACAGAAGUGCACAGAAAGCCCUUCGGACGAGGACUACAUUAAACAGUUCCAAGAAGCCAGAGAGUAUUAAAGAGACGAGGGUGAGGUGGAGGAAGGCCACCUCUGGUUUCGGGACACAAACACACUGCACUGAUCUGCCACCUGGCGCCUGGUUCUUUUUAUCUGCUUAGGUGUAUAUUUGUAUAUAUACCACAGGAGUAUUUUUUAUAAGUUACACUAGGGGUAUGCACCAGGCCAGGAUGGCUGCCAUUUGAAACCACCCUUGCCAUGUACAGUGCCUACAAACUUCCUUGGAAGUCCUCCUAGGGGCCAUGUGGGCGGGAGGAUUGGAAGGAGCAACCCAGCAACCAGAAGAGGAGCCUGGAAGCCAGCAUGGGUGUGAUUCCAUUCACACCUGGAUCCAGGGUGGUCAAGAGAAGCAAAGGAGGGAAGAUACUGAAGUUGUAAACAUUAUAAGCAGUUUUUAUAUAUAACUUAUUUAAUACAAAUGUGACUUAAGCUUAACUUUUUCUCUAGAGUUGUCAUGGUGAAACUAUUUAAUCACUUCUGAGAGAGUUCAGAAAGAAAGGGGCUUGGUGAAGUGGAAGAGAAAGGGAAUUUUGCAAUGAUUUCCUUAAAAAUAAAUAAUAGCUCAGUGGAAAUGUAUCAAAACAUGAGAUCGCCCACCUUAAGCCAAAUGUUAUGUAGUCAUAAGGCACCUUGUUGGAGUCUCAGAUUCCAAAAUUCUCUUGCCUCAGACUGGGUAGGGGGUAAGGAGGUAAAUCAAUAUUUUUUAGGAGCACAUCUGAGGCCUGGUUUUAAAUAGGCUUUAAAAUAAAAGAUCAAUGUUAGCAUAAUGCUAUUAUUCUACAAAAGGCCCCCAAACAGUAGAAUUUCUGCUCUUAGCUUAGUAGGUUCAGAAGAUUACAGUUCAGACAUAAAAACAAGGAGUAGCACUUUUCCAAAGGAAAAAGCAUAACAAAUAGGAAAAGAAUAUAACCCUCAUUUCAUCUAGUUUAUUUUAAUGCUAUAUUAAUUUUUCACCACCAGUGUAUUUCUAAUAAAUAAAUAUUAAAAAGGGAGAGGGGCUGAAGUCUGGGAAAUCUUAAUUUUCUUAUGUUUUAAGAAAGAAAAAAACUGCAUUAUUUUUGUAAAGUAUUUAUUGAGUUAUUGGGUCUUGUACAUCAAGCAACUGUAAUAUGACCUGGUUCUGUAGGGUGGAACUUAGGAUGAAUAAAGAGUUGGUUCUUAUGCCAUCUUUUACUUGCAAAGCUCCAGGAAAAGAGAAUAUAUAUAUAAUAAAAUCAUAAUAAAAUGU